AUGGAAGCCCUUGUCUUGGAUGUCCCCAAACGAACAGCCACUGUCAAAACUCUUCCCAUCCCGUCCCCCUCACCAACCCAACUCCUCGUCCGCACUCACUUCGUAGCCUUAAACCCCGUCGAUGCCCUCUACGUAUCCCAUCCUCUCGCCCCUAAAUCCCAAACUAGAAUAGUCGGCAGCGAUUUCGCAGGAACCGUCCAGCAACUCGGAUCUUCAAUUCCCGCUUCAGCUAGAGAAAGCCUCAAGAUUGGCACUCACGUGGCUGGCUUUCUGCAGGGAGCAUGUUCAGUAAAUGAGCGCCCAGGUGCUUUCGCUAAAUUCAUAGUCGUGGAUUGGGAUCUCGUAUGGCGAGUGCCUGGUUGGAUGGGUCUUGAGAGUGCAGCGGGAGUGAGUUUGUGUGCUCUGACAGCAGCUCAGGGCUUGUUUGCGAGGCUUGGCGUUGAAGCCCCUUUCGAAUGGGACUCCAGAAACACAGAUAAUGAGAGGGGUGUGUCUGAAGUAAAGGAUAAUACUCAUGGAAAGAAUGGAGAUCCAUUGAAGGUUUUCAUCUACGGCGCAUCUACCUCUCUGGGCCAGUACGCUGCUCAACUGGUGCGUAUCGCCGCUCAUGCAAGUGGGAGGGAGGCAGUUCUAUUCGGAGCCGCGAGUCCAGCACGGCAUGCUAUGCUUAAGGUUCCGCCGUAUAGUUACAACGGUCUCGUGGAUUACCGAGAGGCAAAUUGGGUCGAAAAGCUCCUUGAAGUGCAAAACGGUGAAGGCGUCCAGUACGCUUUUGACUGCAUUUCUGAGGGCGAUUCCGUGCGAAAUGUCAUCAAGACUGUGGCACCUGGUGGGAAAAUGGCUGUGUUUAGGUCACGAGAAGGUAAAGCAUGGGCUGCGGAACCUGGUGAGUUGCCUUUUGAGCCUGUUUAUGGUGCUGUGUGGGAAGGGCUAGGCGUUGAAGUGCAAUAUCAAGGUUUUACUGUUCCCGCAUCGGCAAGCGCCCGGGAAUUUGCCGUCAACUUUUAUGGAUUCUUAUCGAGCAUGACCGAGGAAGAUGGACCCCUUGUCUUGAGGCCAAAUCUCGUGAGGCUAAUGCCAGGCGGGCUGGAGAGAAUCGUACCUGAUGGCUUUGCGUUGCUUGGUCCUGGGAGUAUGGAUAAUAGGGAUACUUCGAGGUCUGAGGCAUAUAUGAGACCGAUCAGUGCUGAAAAACUUGUAUAUCAAGUAUUGAAGCAGUAG